UGACGAUCGGGCCCUGAUAUCGACGUCGACCUCCUCUUCCUCUGUGCCCCACCUCCACACUCCCCUGGAUAUCCAAAGACCUCCAGCUCCUUCACUCUCGUCCGGGAACGACCCCGCAAAACCUCGGUCGCCGUAUGAAACGCCCUAUCGACCGAAAAGCAGACCUUGAUAUAUCUCGAACUCGUGCCCAGAAACCCGUUUCCCCACUCGGUAAUGUCUGCCCUCGUCAACCCAGGACCUGAUCGUGAACAACCUCGACCACAAUGUCGCAACACCUCGAUCCGAUGACGUCGGAGACAGAGUCGUCCAACCUGAAGAAACGGGACGAACAGACGUUCGAGGUCAUCGCUCCGCCAGCCCAUGACCAGGAUCAACCUCGAUGGAAUUUAGCUGAACACUAUCCUCCGAACCACCCACACAACCUCUCGUCGUGGCGCAAGUUUGGGAUCCUCGUCACUCUCUGCUUUUCCGGUUUCCUCGCCAACUAUGGAGCGUCGGCGCAUUUGACGGCGUUUGGACCGAUGGCGGCUUACUUUGAUCGUCCGGUGGGCGAUAUCGCCAAUACGAUCGGAUACGGUCUCCUCGGGAUCGCCGUCGGCCCAGUCCUCUGGAACCCCCUCUCUCAAACCAUAGGCCGAAGAUAUACCUACCUCAUCGGAAGCCUCCUCUACCUCCCCUGCAUCGUCUGGUGUGCAGAGUCGAAGAGCUACGUCAGUUUCGCGGUGGCUAGGGUCUUUGCUGGCCUGUGUAGCGCUUUCAGUCAGACGGUACCGCCAGCCACCAUCGCAGAUAUCUACCCACGUCACGUCCGAGGGGACAAGCUCUCCGCCUUCGGAGUCGCUGUGAUCAUCGCCCCGGCCCUGUCCCCGCUGAUCGGUUCGCUCGUAGUGAACAAGCAUUCCUGGCAAAACAUCUACUGGAUCGUCCUAGGCUUGGGCGGGCUGCAACUUUUGAUGUUCCUGUUGCUCGUCCCGGAGACCUUGUGGAACGAGGAUCGCACCGAUGCUGGCACGGGUGAUGACCGCGAUGGGGUGGUGGUGGUCCGACAAGGCAGGGUCGGCCCCGCUUGGUACCCAUGGCGUCGUCCUAAAGACUUUGCCACCCUCUUCACCCGUCCUAUCGCCAUGUCCCGGUUCCUCGCGAUCACCCUUCCCUCGAUCUAUUACGGAUCGCUGUUUGGCUGGUCGGUCGGGAUCACCAUCAUCGGCCCCAGGUUGUUCGAAGCUCCUCCGUACGAUUUCAAGCCGAUCCCUACGGGUUGCACGUACCUCGCUUUCGGCUUGGGAGCGGUCUUGGGGAAAUGGUCCGGCGGGCUGGUCGGAGACGUCGUCGUGACCCGAGUGACGAAACGCAACGGUGGGAUCCGUAAACCGGAAUACCGUCUCUGGGCCUUGUUACCCAUCUUGCCGUUCAUGUUCGUCGGCCUGUUCAUCGUCGGGAUCACGUUCGAGAAACGGUUGGCGUGGAUCGCUCCCCUGAUCGGAGGCGCCUUGUUCUACUUUUGUUUGUCGGCCUCGACGGGUAUCUUGCAAACGUACGUUCUCGAGUCCUACAUCACCCGACCUAUGGACACGCAGGCGAGCUUUAUUUUUUGGAAAUGCAUCUGGGGAUUUGCCAUCCCUUUCUUUGUAUGGGAAUGGGGUCUGGAAUCCACGUUCACGGUGGAAUACGCCAUUCAGGGUGUUUUGGCGACAUGCAUCGGGCUGCUUUUGUGUGGAGGUUUGAUCUGGAAAGGAGAAGCUCUGCGACGUGCGCAAGGAAUGCCGAUCGUCGAGCGAUGAUAGCAUAGGGGAAUCGAAUCGGAAGGUCGCAAACGUUUGUACACAGGACGACUAUACUCUGUCAACAGGAAU